AUGGGCUCCAUCACUGCAGCAAAUGCAGAAUUUUGUUUUGAUGUGUUCAAAGAGCUGAAAGUUCAUCAUGCCAACGACAACAUCUUUUAUUCCCCCCUGAGCAUCAUUUCAGCCCUGGCCAUGGUCUAUCUGGGAGCAAGAGGAAACACUCAAUCUCAGAUGGAGAAGGUUCUUCACUUCGAUAACAUUACAGGAGUUGGAGACACUACUGACUCCCAGUGUGGCACUUCUGAAUACAUCCACAGUUCAUUCAAGGAUCUUCUCUCAGACAUCACCAUGCCAAAUGCUACAUACUCACUCAAGAUUGCUGACAGACUCUACAUUGAAAAAACAUACCCUGUUCUUCCGGAAUACUUAAAGUGUGCAAAGAAAUUCUAUGAAGCAGGGCUGGAAGAAGUUGACUUCAAAACAGAUACAGAGGAAGCAAGACAGCUCAUUAAUUCCUGGGUGGAGAAAGAGACAAGUGGUAAGGACUGAAAAAUGGGUAGCAGAUAUUUGCCCCUACCUACCAAAAUCUAUACCCUUCUCUUUCUCUCCUCAUUAUGUCUAGAAAAAGGCUUGUACAUUUGCCUGCCUAAAGAAAAAAUUGCUCCCCGGUCACGUCGUCUCACGUUUCUGUUUUUGCAGCAAGAAAGCAGACCUGUGCAAAUGAUGUGUCAGAACGGUACCUUCAAAGUGGCCGCGGUGGCUGCAGAGAACAUGAAGAUCCUGGAGCUUCCGUACGCCAGCGGGGAGCUGAGCAUGUUGGUGCUGUUGCCUGAUGACAUCUCUGGCCUGGAGCAGCUUGAGAACAAAAUCAGCUUUGAAAAACUUAUGGAGUGGAGCAGUCCCAAUGUGAUGGAAAAGAGGAGAGUGAAAGUGUACCUCCCGCGCAUGAAGAUUGAGGAAAAAUAUAACCUCACAUCUGUCUUAAUGGCCUUGGGAAUGACCGACCUGUUCCGUCCUUCGGCCAAUCUGUCUGGCAUCUCUUCAGCAGAGAGCCUGAAGAUAUCUGAGGUCAUCCAUGAGGCGUACAUGGAAGUCAGUGAAGAGGGCACCGAGAUGGCAGGCUCAGCGGGCUCAGAGGGCGUGAUGGAAGACACCAAACAUUCCUCUGAAUUUGAAGAAUUUAGGGCUGACCACCCUUUCCUUUUCUUGAUCAAACACAAUCCAACCAACAGCAUCCUCUUCUUUGGUAGAUAUUGUUCCCCCUAA